CGUGCUGCUUUCUAGUUCCUGUCAAGAUGUGGGGUCGCGUCUCAUGUCGGUGUCGGUUGUUGUGUGGGGGGACGUGGCCGGGAACAGGGGUCAGGGCACAGUCCGAGACCCAAAAGAGUGAAACAUGGUACCAGAUGUACCUUAAGGGGGCCAAGAAGAAAGGAGACCUUCAUAACCAGCUCUUUCCUGGAAUGCUAAAACCAGAGACACUAAGUCAUGAGGAGUUGGCUGAAAGGAUGAAGACAGCUGUGCUAUACCAUCAUGGACCUCUGGUGGCUUUGAACAAACCACAAGGAUUAGCAGUAACAGGAAAACCAGGAGAACUUACAUUGCUCUCAGUACUUCCAGAAGUAGGCCAGUACCUAGGGUUCAGACAGGAGCUCCAGAUUGUCAGAGCUCCAGGAAAGGAGAGCUCAGGGCUCGUUCUCCUCUCCAGCUCUCCCCAGUUAACCAAAACCUUCCAGAAUUUCUUCAUACAUUCUCGAAGAUCUCAGAAACCCACAGUGACCUACUGGGCUAUAACUGUUGGGGUCCCAGCUACUACCAAAGGUGAGAUUCAAGUUGCCCUGAAGCUGGAUCAUGUUAGAGGAAUGGACCCGGUUGUUCCAGUGAAGGCCCCAUCUCGACAGGCCUUAAGAGAGGGUGUCAAGAAAACCCUGACCCACUUUUUUGUGGAAGAUUCCACAUCUGAUUGUGCUCUGAUAAAGCUCCAGCCGCUUACAGCAUUUCCUAGCCAGCUCCUGGUGCAUAUGGUGCUUCAGCUGUGUCCUGUGCUUGGGGAUCACGUGUAUUCUGGCCGAGUUGGCAGUGUCCUAGAUGAAAGCUUCCUAUUGCCAUUGGAGGCUGUAAUUCCUCAGACACAGGUCCUGAAUGAGCAGCUCCUCCAUCGUCUCCAAAUAACUUCAAAUGAAGUGGCCCUUCUACCCCUCCAUCUCCACCUGCAUGAAAUACUUCUUCCCCAAACCUCUGUGGCCCCUACAGUACUCAUAGCUCCCUUGCCUCCUUUUUUUUCACAAACCAUGUGGAACUUAGGGCUCCAAAUGUCAGGGAAACCAAGGAAUAAUUAGCAGACAACAAUCAAGAUGGCACUCAGUUCAUAAAGUGAAAAAAGUAGGUAAGAGCCUAGUGGGGAGGGUUGAGGAAGAUAGUCUGCUUUCUUGUCUGGAAGCACAUGUCCAAUUCUUCUACCAUCCUGGCCUUUUUUUUUUUUGGAAAAAAAAAAAAAGAUAAGCUGGGAAGAUUCUUUCCCUGGAAACUGAGUCCCUGAUGAAGUUAAGGUAAUCUAGCUUCCAACUGAGUAGUAGUUAAUUUUUGGCAUAUUCAAAAACUGAUGAUUCCAUUUGAUAACACUCUUAUUCUAGAGGAAGGUGACUCCUCUCUCUUAUAUUCUCUGAAGUAAGGGCCUGUCUCAGGAAAUUUUCCCGAUUUUCAGCUUGUAUUUCUCCUUGCCCAUUACAAGUGAUCCCUAUAUAUCAUUUCUGUCUCUCCUCUAUUAUACAGUACCUACUCCCUCCAAACUGCCUUCUACUUCCUGGAUUUGACACCUCCCACAGAAGUUUAUCAUGACUUCUGAGGAGCCUUUCCCCCACCCCUUACUCAUACAUUUUUCAGUCAGCCAAGCCUGGUAGUGUGUCCAACCCCUGCCCUAAUUGCUCCAACAGUAAACAUAACAAAAACAGAA